AUGGCUGAAAAGCGGCCGUCGUCUCCUGGCUCCCAGCAGGGCGACCCGCCCCUCCUCGACGAUCAGGGCUUCCAGAAAGUCCAGAAAAACGGAAAAAAAGCCCUCAAUACCGUCAUCGACCUUCCUACACUUUCGACGCCUCCAGCACCUACCAUGACGACUCAGGCACUUCCUAGAUUCAAGGCAACAUCCCAAGAACACCAGACAUCACCGAAGCCUUUAUCCCCGAACCUCUCAGGUGUUUCAAGUGCCAGAGGUUUGGGCAUCACAGGAGAGAGUGCACGGCUCAGCAUGUCUGUGGAAUCUGCAGCCAGAAGCAUGAGACCGACGUUUGCCUCAACAAAUUCAAGGCAAAAGGCCACACUGUUGCCCGAUGCCCAAACUGCCAUCAGUCUCAUCAUGCAUGGUUCAAGGGGUGCCUGUCAGACUGGAAAAAAUCUGGAGGAUGAAGGGCACUUUCCCCACCGCCAGCAAGACCUCGAGAACGACAACCAUCGCCCUCAAGAACGACCACCAUGUCAACCACGUAUCGAUCCAAGAACUAACCGACCACCUCCACCACAAGCUCCUCAAACCUUCCCCUGCAGAACACCCCAAACCUCGUCAUUAUAUCCCAAACCCCUCAUCCUUUCCUUCCCUCCAACCUCCAAUUCCCAAACCCCUUCCACCCCCCCGACCCCUAAGGAUAUUCCCUCAACCCCUCAGUCAAUCCCCCCAACCCAUCAGGUUAUUCCCACCAGCCUUCGCAUCGCCGACGACGUCGACCUCCUGCUCGUGUUGAAGCAGGAACUCAGACAGAACAACCAAAACAACCAGUUGAAGAUAUGCAGGUCGAGACAAUCACAGAAGCUCCCGCUUUGUUUCCUCAACACCUACGGAGGAGGGGUGGGCGGAGUGGUCAGCAACUUCGCCCUUCUAGACCAAAUCGCCGCCCUGAACUGGGUAGCCGAAAACAUCGCCCAGUUCAACGGCGACCCAGCCCGGGUGACUCUCUUCGGGCGUGAUACUGGAGCCGCUUGUAUCUCAUACCUCAUGGAAAGCCCUAUUGUGCCUCCUGGACUCUUCCAGCGGGUAGUAUUGAUGUCCGGCUGGUCAGGAUGCCCCUGGUCCCAAGUCCCAGCCCCUUUGAGCAUAACCCUCCGGCUGGCAGUAGCCGCCGGCUGCCCAGUGCCGGACGACCCUUCCGCCACUCACCCGCGCACCGUUGCCUGCCUGAGGGCCGCGCCCCUUGAGGCUCUGAUGAGCGCUGCCAGAGAGGUCGAGACGGCGGCCUUCAUGCCGGCCUGGGGCCCGAGCGAAGACGGGGUGGUCGUCUCCAAGGGCCGGAGAGGGUCGUCGCUGAGCCGGCAACCCGUGGAGGUCGUCAUAGGGUACACGCCGUGGGAGGCGUGGUCGUGGCUCGGGGAAGGGCUCAUCAGCAACGGCGUGGACGACCGCACCUUCGAGAGGGUCGCUCGGACGUGGGUGAGGAACACCCGUCACCAUCACCUGAGGGAGGUGCUGGCGGCGGCGCUGCAGGAGUACACGGACUGGACGGCCGUGACGCCGGGACCCCUGGCGCGGAGGGACUUGCUCCUGCACCUUCUGGGGGACGCGGGGGUCAUCGCGCCCUUGCAUCAGGCGGCCGACGCCCUCGCCCGCCACACCAAGGUCUUCAUGUUCUUGUGCGAUCUGGGGAACAGAGUUCCUGGACAGAUCCAGGCGCCCGGAUGGGAACUCGGCUUGAUAUGGGGCACGGGGCUUAGUGACGUCACGGAGUCUCCUGGGGCGCCUUCCCCGCCCAUAAAGGUUCCUGCGCUGACGCAGCUCUCCGAGGACUUCAUCACAUUAUUGACGAAUUUCGCCAAGUCAGGGGACCCCAAUCUACCCAGAGAAUCGCCCUCGCCCGGUUUUGCAGCUGUGGCCUGGCCCAGAUAUAUCCCGGAGUCAAGAAAAUACCUCAGGAUCGGUGUUCCCCCAACCGUCGGGUCACAGUACCGCGCCCACCAACUCGCCCUGUGGACAUGGCUGGUUCCAGAACUGGAGGCGGCUGGAAAGUCCUACCCUCCAGACCCCAACUCCUGGGAAUUGAGCACAGACCCUAAUCUCUUUUACGGCGUUGUGAAGCCUCCAGACCCCUGGAUCUUUCUCCAGCCCAAUACUACGACCACCACCACUACAAUUAGUUCAGUGGCCACCACUCCUAUCACUCCCAGUCCGAAACCCACCAAACCGACGGUCACCACUACGUUAGCCUUGUCGCCUACAGUUACGAGCAUCAGCCCGAAGAUGAUGCUACCUGAUACAGACGAGUAUGUUCGAUAUUCCACGGCGCUGCUGGUGACAGUUGGUCUGGGAGUUUCCUUGCUGCUUCUCAACGGCCUCAUAUUCCUCCUGCUCUUCUGGAGGAGACCCUCUCAUACCUGUCAGGGACAUCAUCCCCAGUCUCAGGACGGAGGCGGCCUACCACGAGUGGGCUCCAUAAUAAGUGUUGGAGGACUUGGAGGGACUUACGGAGGUCCGCCGGACUGCGUCAAAGCCUCUUAUGAAAAACUCCACCUAACUCCGGAGGAGCUCCAGAAACUAACUAGUAGGUCGCCCUCGAGCACCCUCAAGAGACCCAAGUCGCCAGGAACCCUCAAAUCUCAAGGUUCCUUCAAGUCCCCUCACGGAGUUGCUACCAUUAGCAGUUGUGGUUAUAGAUCGUUGACUUGUAUUCAACAAGUUUGUGACAUGUAUGCCACAAUUUGUAGGUCACCAAGGAGCGCGGGAUGUCAGCGGGAGACCUCUUUCACUGUACAGCCCCCUUCUCUCCUGAGGGAGGACGACUCUCGCCCAAGGGCACAGUCUGUUGCCACGAUUGCUGGUCAGCACCCUGCCACUGACGUCUACAGGGCUUCUUCAGAGCCCCGCGAGAGCCCCCUGGGCCAGAAACUAGUCGGGGACGGCAACGAGAGGCCGAACGGAUGGGCCACCUUCGUCGGAGACGUGCCCGAACCCCCGCCCCCACCGAGGACGUCCACGCUGCGAAGGGAGAAGAAGGUGACCAUCCUCGACGAGGCCGUCCACAGGUUAUGAUGCUGAGCUGCUUCUUCCUGCUCCUCCUCUCGCCUUUCCCCCCCAAGACGAAGAAAGAGCGAAGGAAUUGAAGGUCAAACCGAAGACUACUACUACUGCUAAUACUACUACCAUUCCCGCGAGCCUCUGGUGCAAAAGGGGGGAGCUGCGUUUAGUGCCACCAGCCCCUUCGGGACGAGCGUAGAAACCUAAGCAAAAGACGGCAAAAUACCGUAUAAACAUAAACGAGAGACACUAAACGUAAACAAAAUCGUAAAUCGGAAGUAGUCUUCAGUUUUGCCCGAGUGAAAAUAAGAAACAGUCGAUAAAAGUCAUAGAAAGAAACUCUUCCUCUGUGAAGUCUUCGCGCUAAUUCUCUCAAUUCAGUCCUAAGUUCACCGGACGAACCCCGGAUAGCCACAGCCACUUCCAGCUGGAAAGGACGAGGUUCCAGGCCGUGCUGAGCUUCUCACCAGUUUCCAGAGCUCUGGAAAGUCCCGGUGGAGUGUGUUUACAGAAUUAGAAAGUCCAAGCCCUCCAAUGGAUUCGCUCAAGAACGUUUGACUCGUAUUGUUUCGAAGUGAACAAUGUAGAACACUCCAGAGUGAAAUCGUUUUUAUGUUGUUAAUGGAAAUCGUAGAUGAAAACGGCGUGUUUAUCGUUACUUUUACCGCUCAGCCGGAGUAAAAAAUGUGCAAAAUAAAGAUGUGAAAAAGCGAUGUUUUGUCUCUUCACACGAUUCGGAUUGUUGGUAGUCGUCUCGUCACUGUUGGCACGUUAUGUUUUACAGAAUAUUUCAUUUGCACGUGACUAUUGGCAAGUCGUUUUCGGAGCUAAUCGGAGAUUAUACGAAGCAGAAAGAAGAAAGAAGACUCACUAUAUAGUCCCGGCAGUGGAAUAUAAUAAUAAUAUUAAUGAUUACAAUAAUUAGUGAUGUACAAAAAUGUGAUAAACGAAAGAAAUUAAUCUGUAUAGACCCUUCAUAGUUUGUAGCAAGAGAAUUAACGGAAAUAUGGCAUAAUAUCUUUUUAUAUCAGUCCCCCGCGGGCCUCUGAAACGAAAGGCCUACCAGACAGAAAAUUAACAAUAGUAAUAUAGAUAGUUUUUAUCUAAUGUGACGGUCUUUUCUGUUGUCUACGGUUGUGUACCUUCAGCUCUGUCUCUGCGGACCAGAGAAUUCACUCGUUCGGCUUCGAAAUACACUGAAAAAAACAAAAAACAAAAAAACAACAACAACAAGGAUUCCUAGUCGAAGAAAAGGGUUAGGAAUGUCUUUCGAUCAUUCAAGACACUACAGACUGAUGUAAAAAUCACCAACAGAACUAAAAUUCUACAUUUGAAAAAAAAAGAAGAAAGAAAUCAAGCCGUAUGAACUUCGGAGAAAACAAAUGAAAACGUUGUUUGUAAUUUUCACAUCAUAUUUAUUGCUUGAAUAUAUUUUGGAAGCCUAUUUAUCUAUGUGCAGCAAUAUGUGUUUCCUAAAGCCUUCAGUGGCCAGCGUAACCAACACCCCCUCCCCCACCCACCCCCCAUCAACCCCUCGUCUCCAGCUUCCUCGAAAAUAAUAAAACCAACCUGAUCUAACUCCAGACAAAUCCUUAAACUGUCAGGACCCACCUACCUAACUAAUUACCUACCCCUCUCCUUCCCCACACCAAUCCCCUAAAAAAAACCACGUCAACAAUAAAAAACUAAAAAACACCCCCACCCCCUCUCCCCUAACCCCAAAGACCCUCUUUGUAGUUCUUUGACUUCAUUAGACUUGGCGUCUGGUAAUGAUGUUCUUGUUUCUAUCAAGGGAAUGUGUCAGAACUGUAUAUCAUCUCACCUGUGGGACUGAGUGGACCAUAUCAAAGGAAAUCCAAAAGUGAAAGUAUCUGUGAGCGUAUGUGCAUAUACGUGUGUAUGUGUGUGUGUGUGUAUGUGUGAGGUUUAUGUGUGUGAAUGUAUGUAUGUGUGUGUUUUUGUCGUAACUGAUUUCCUAUGGCAAGGGAGCAAGAAAAGGUCGACAUCAUCAACUCUCAUACAAUUCCGUUCAUAAUAUAUACUAUAUAU